GCCAUUUUGUAGUCAGUUGCUUGGAGUGCAGGCGUCGGGAGCGUUGGUGCGGAGGGAAGCGGUGUACAGUUUGGUUGUUGUGCGGUCUUCUGUUGUAGCCGGGUUCGCUGAGACACUUUCUUCCCUAGACGUCUGGUUCCUAUUUAGAUGGCAAGCUUUCCCGACUUUGUAAACGAAAAUGAAAUAGCAAGAUCUAGGAGCAUUGGGGAGCUGAUAUCACCGACUUCUCCGUUUGAGCAGAAGUAUGGCCGUGAAAAUUGGACAGUGGCUUUCGCUCCAGACGGCUCCUAUUUUGCUUGGUCUCAGGGUCAUCGUAUUGUGAAACUGGUUCCCUGGUCUCAGUGCCUUAAAAACUUUGCUGCUGGCAGUACAAAGAACAUUGUAAACUUGACAACUGGAAGACUAUCUAGACAGAACAGCGAUGCCGCACAAAGAAGCAGGCCUCAAGAGCAUUCCAUAGACUGCGGGGACAUUGUCUGGAGUCUGGCAUUUGGAUCAUCUGUACCAGAAAAACAGAGUAGCUGUGUGAAUAUAGAAUGGCACCGCUUCAAGUUUGGUCAAGACCAGCUGCUGCUUGCUACAGGGCUGAGCAAUGGGCGGAUCAAGAUAUGGGAUGUUUAUACAGGGAAGCUCCUCCUUAAUCUGAUGGAUCAUACCGAAAUUGUUAGAGAUUUAACUUUUGCCCCGGAUGGCAGCCUUAAACUGGUUUCUGCUUCCAGAGACAAAACUCUCAGGGUCUGGGACCUAAAGGAUGAUGGCAAUAUGAUGAAAGUGUUAAGGGGGCACCAGCACUGGGUGUAUUGCUGCACGUUCUCCCCCGACUCCUUAAUGUUGUGUUCCGUUGGCGCUGGGAAAGCUGUUUUUCUGUGGGACAUGGAUAAAUAUACUAUGAUCCGUAAGCUAGAAGGACACUUCAAUGAUGUGGUAGCUUGUGAAUUCUCUCCUGAUGGAGCUUUGUUAGCUACUGCAUCUUAUGAUACCAGAGUAUACGUCUGGGAUCCCCAUAUUGGGUCUAUUCUUUUUGAAUUUGGGCACUUAUUUCCCCCGCCAACGCCUAUAUUUGCAGGGGGAGAUAAUGGUCGCUGGGUGAGAUCAGUCUCAUUUAGCCACGAUGGGGUACAUAUUGCAAGCAUUGCCGAUGAUAAGUUGGUGAGAUUUUGGCGUAUUGAUCAGUCGCACCCUGUUGAAGCUGCACCUUUAAAUAAAGGUCUUUGCUGUGCCUUUUCUACUGACGGCAGUGUUCUAGCUGCUGGAACUCAGGAUGGGAACGUACACUUCUGGGCUGCACCCACUUAUGUUUCCAGCCUUCAGCACUUGUGUCGUAUGGCAAUAAGAAGAGUCAUGACUACAAAUCAUGUUCAGAAGCUGCCAGUGCCUCCGAAAGUUAUGGCAUUUCUCUCUUACCAAAUCAUAUAGGGAACUUUUGGGCGGUUUCUACAAUCUAGUUCCAUUUGUUGGGACUGGCGUUGUGCAAAUGUAUCACAAGCUUUAUGCUUUAAGGCUAGGGAAACAGUGACCUUUUAAGAGGUCCUUUCAUGGGUCCAGGCAUUAUGAAAUAAUUAGGGUGUUGUAUAGGGCAUAAUUCAUGGAUGUAAUAUCGCUUGCUAGUGUCUGUCAGGCGCUCUGUUUUCCCGCUGUGCCCCUGUUCACUUCUCCCACCGGGUAUGGAAAUGAAUAGCAUUGGUACAGGGAGGAGGAGACACCAGGGUUUCUAAAUGGGCAUCUCUUCCCUGGCUGCAGCGCGGUCCAAUCACAGCAGAGCGCGUCACAGCCAGGGAGAAUAAAAACUUGCAUUCUCCACUGUGAUUGGAUUAGUGCACAGCCAGGGAGAAGGAGACGCCCAUUAAGAAACCCUGGUGUCUCCGCCCUGUACUGAUAUUCAUUUGCAUACCAGGUGGGAGAAGUGAACUGGGCCACAGCGGGAAAACGGAGCGCCGUACAGACACUAGUAAGCGAUAUUACAACCAUGAAUUAUGCCCUAGACAACCCCUACUUAUUUCAUAAUGUUUGGACGCAUGAAACCAAGCAAGUAAAGAUUGUCAAUGUGGUCGCGUUACUACAUAUGUACUGUAGUGAAGCUUCUGCUGCUUUGCUUGGAGGACACAACUUACAAGCAGCUUUUCCAUUGUUCGCUGCCAGUCGCUUGUUACUCACCUGCGGCUUGUCACCAAUUUUUUUUUUUUUUAUAUUUAACGGGUAUUGAAAAUCCUAAAUCGUGCACAAUUCUCGGCCAAGUUGCACCCUAAAGUAGUUGAACACACUUUUUAUUUUUAUGGCACGUGAAGUUGCGCAACCAGAGUCAAUGUGUAGCCCUAGCCUGAAUGUUACAACAUAUUUGAAUAUUUAAAGUGCAGUAUUUAAACCUAUUAUGCAUUUGUAAUCACAUCUGAGCUUUAACUGUGAUUUAGGAGUGUAUGACAUUCAUUGAAGUUAGAAAUGGAAUGUGGACACAUGAUUUGUACAACUGUGAAACUGUAAAUAGCCGUAUGCUGUUGUGUGCUUAAUAUUUUUUCUUAUAAUGGCUGGCUUGUAGUUGGUGUCCUUUUUAUCUGUGUUAAAGCAGUAUGUUAAGUGUCUGUUGCGAGUUACUGUGGCACCUGGUGAUUUCAUGGUUGGAAAGAUAUAUCUGGCUAGGUUGUUUUUACUUUUUCGAAAGAAAAAAAAAAAAGAUUUUGAGUUUAGUAAGUUGUAGGUUGUGCCACAGUGUUCUAUGUAUGUACCCCAUGUAUAUAAUAAAGGGGCCUAUUUUGGUUAGCUGCCAAAGACGAGCAAAGUGUUCGCUGUUGCCUUCUGCUGUUUAUUGCACUUGCUGGUCUAUUGAAUGUAUGCAAUGCUUACAAUGCUAACCAUAUAUUUUUGUUUUAAUGUUGCCAAAAUGUUUUUAAAUAAACAAUUUUGUAUAUAAA